AUGUCUCAAUCAAGCAUGGAAGCGGAAGGUGGGGAAGAAAUGAAAGUGGACGAAGUGGAUGAAGAAAUGGAAGUGGAGCAAAUGGUGGAAGAACAAAUUGAAGAAGAAGAAGAAAUUGAGGAAGAACUUUAUGAAACCAUUAAAUAUUUAUUGAUUGCAAUUCAAGCUAUAGUCCACGUGCUAAAAGAGUUUAUAAUUACAUUUGGACAACCUAUUGAACGUCCUUUAAAUCGACGAUCAAUUACUAUAGAAGGAUACAAUUAUAUACAUAUAGUAUUGAAAGAGGACCGCCCAGAGGAUUUCCGGCAAAGGUAUAGAAUGUAUCCUGAUGUGUUUGUGAAGUUAUGCACUAUUAUUAGAGAAAAAACACUCUUACGAGAUACAAAAUUCAUUUGCAUAGAAGAAAUGCUUGCAACAUUUUUGCUUAUUGUUGGACACAAUAGUAGAUAUUGUCUACUAUGUGAUACGUUUGAGCGAUCACAUUGGACUGUCAGUAGAAAUUUUAACAAAGUUUUGAAGGCCUUGAACACAAUAGCACCGGAGAUGAUGGCCAAACAUGGAUUAGCAGUGCCAUCUAAAAUAAGGGAAAGUACAAGAUUUUACCCUUACUUGAAGGAUUGUAUUGGAGCUAUUGAUGGCACACAUAUCCCAGUAUCAGUGUCCGGAUGCGAUGUAAGCAGUUAUCGUAAUCGUAAGGGUGUCAUAUCACAAAAUGUAUUAGCUGCUUGUAACUUUGAUUUGGAAUUCAUGUACAUCCUUAGUGGGUGGGAAGGAUCGGCUCAUGAUUCAAGAGUACUAAAUGAUGCUUUGACAAGAAGGAAUGGACUUAAAAGUGCCACAAGGUAUCAAAUUAUUAUUUAUCAUUUUUAUUAUUAUUUAAUUUCUUAUUAAUCCAUUGAGUUGCAUAAUAAAAUAUAUAUUAUCACGUAAAUUUUUUAUAGUAGAUUGUGGAUUUCCAAAUAAACGUCAAUUCUUAGCUCCUUAUCGAGGAAUCCGAUAUCAUCUCCAAGAGUAUAGUGAUUCGGGUUGUGAGCCUAGAAACGAAAAAGAGUUAUUCAAUCUUCGUCAUGCUUCUUUAAGAAAUGUCGUUGAGAGGAUAUUUAGUAUUUUAAAAUCACGAUUCCUAAUUUUAAAGAUUGUACCUCCAUUUCCAUAUGCAACACAAGCGGAGGUAGUAUUAGCUUGUGCAGCAGUGCACAAUUUUCUUCGCAAGGAGUGUAGAUCAGAUGAGUUUCCUGUUGAACUAGAUGAUGAAUCUUCUUUGUCUCCACCAUUGUCAGUUUCUGAAGGGGAUCUUGACCAAGAUUUUCAAACACAAGAACAACGGAAUAUUGCUAAUGAAUGGAGAUAUAAUAUAGCUUUGGACAUGUGGAGAGAUGCUCAUAAUGAUAACAAUGUGAAUGAAGGAUAAUGAGUCACAAAUAAUUCUAGUGUGGUAGUGAUGAAUUUUUUAUGAUGUUCUUGUAAUGUUAGGUUUUGUGGUUGCGUUUGAGAAAGCAAAAAAGAAAGAAGAAAAUAUUACUUGUAAUGUUGAAUUUCUAACUAAUAUAAGGUUUUGUGGUUGUGUUUGAAACUUUGAA